AACAGAAGCAUCUACCGAGAACGACGGAGUGGCUGCAGGGAAUUAUAUUUCUUGCAUGGCAGCGAGCUUUCGCCGUGUAUCCCCGACGCUUGCAAUUAGCGAAUGUGUGAUUGGCCUGGACGGGCUGAGUCAGCAAAUUGCCGACCGCCAGACCCGAGGUUACCUUAGCUCCCAGAAGCGACAAAACAUCUCCAGCGGCAUCUGAACCGUCUUCCGGACUCCUUGACCCUCAUCUCGUCGUCGCCGCUGGCAGGCUGCUGCUAUAUCUAUCCGUCUCUACUUCUCCUCUCUGCCUCACUGCCACUUUACACGACUCAAUCGACGCCUUUCGGCUCUCCACCCUUGGACUUCAGCGCUCGCGUGAUUGAAACGACCUUCCACUCGUCCGCACACCAUGGCUGCUCUUCGUUCGACCUCGCGCCUCGUCGCAUCCACAAGGCCUCUGUUCCGUCCUGCCGUCUUUGCUCGCUCGUAUGCCACUGUUGAUCCCGCUACUGGAGUCGGUCGCACUGGCAGUGCCGAGGCCAAGGUUACCCCCGAGACCAGGACUUCCGAUGUUCAAGAUCCCAACCCGUCCAAGUCUCCGAGAAUCAAGAAGUUCCACGUCUACCGCUGGAACCCAGACCAGCCCACCGAGAAGCCUAAGAUGCAGACCUACAGCCUGGAUUUAAACAAGACCGGUCCUAUGAUGCUGGAUGCGCUCAUCAGAAUCAAGAACGAGAUCGACCCCACCUUGACCUUCCGGAGAAGUUGCAGAGAGGGUAUCUGCGGUAGCUGCGCCAUGAACAUUGACGGAAUCAACACUCUGGCUUGCUUGUGCCGUAUUCCCACCGACACCAAGCAGGAGUCGCGUAUCUACCCGUUGCCUCACACCUACGUCGUCAAGGACUUGGUCCCCGAUCUGACCUACUUCUACAAGCAAUACAAGUCCAUCAAGCCUUACCUGCAGCGUGAGACCAAGACCGAGGAUGGUCUCGAGUACCGCCAAAGCCCCGAGGACCGCAAGAAGCUCGACGGUCUUUACGAAUGCAUCCUGUGCGCCUGCUGCUCGACCUCUUGCCCUUCGUACUGGUGGAACAGCGAGGAGUAUCUGGGUCCCGCGAUCCUGCUCCAGUCUUACCGUUGGCUGGCCGAUUCUCGUGAUGAGAAGACCGCCGAGCGCAAGCACGCUCUCGACAACAGCAUGAGCGUCUACCGUUGCCACACUAUCCUCAACUGCUCGCGGACUUGCCCCAAGGGCCUGAACCCCGCUCGGGCUAUUGCUGAGAUCAAGAAGAUGCUCGCUGCCCAUUAGGUGGUGUGUUCACAAUAAAAGAAACUUGCUUCUUUCGUGUCCAAUUUCCCUGUGCGCCUAUAUUUCUUUUCACCUUUUGUGCGAUGUUGUUGCAUUACUUUUUCCCCUCGAUUUCGAGGUUAUUCAUGUCGGAUGUUUUUAUAGGUGUAAAUUGACUAUUUGAUUCAAGCAAUAUAGUGGCGAUAUUCAUCUUUUAAAUCGUGUCCGUUUGGGGCAGAUUAUUUAGAGGAAAACCAUGGUCCAUAAUCAUAGAAUUCAAUCUAUCCGCACUGAGAUGAACAUCUGUAUCAUGUCGCCAUGUCAUAUGUGAAUCCGCCAAAUACCAGCGAUAACCUGGAGCAUGCUCGGGAAUUCUUCGGCAUUUGUUCGAUUUUCUUUAUAGA